UACGCGACCUUAUGGGAGAGACAGAGACACCGCUAUGUAUUAAUUAAGUAUAGAAAGUGCUGGAACGUUCAAGCUGAUUCAGGUAUUUAGGCACAAUCCAUUCGAUUAUAAUUAGCACGAUUCAAAUCGUUUCUUAUUUAUUCGAAUUGUUCAAAUUACAUAAAUCAAUAUUAAUAAGACUCAUGGAAAAUUAUACGAACGAACCGAAUAAAUGUAUUUAUAUGCGAUUUCGAGGAAGUUAUUCGAUGAUCGCGCCGAAAAUAAAUUUACUUAUAUCAUAUCUUAUAUAAAGUUGAACUUUGAAGUGUGCUUUGAUAUACAUACAUAUGUAUUAAAAAUACAUCGAAUUUAUCUCUGAUAUGACAUUUGUUCAUAUCCGCAAUGCUCUAAUAUAUAUAAUUAUGCACUUAGUAAUGAUGCUAUUUAUCUGAUGAAUCUUGACUCUUCUUGAUUGUUUGAAUUAAUCAAUAAUUCAGUACUAAUAAGAGUAGGAUCCUUAUUUUGAACUGCAGUUGUUCAUUUUUUUAGACUCGAUCUGACAGAUCUAACAUAUACUGUACGUAAUUUUGUAUUCAAACGUACAGCGCGAAAGUAGUGUUCGAACACCUGCGAAAUAGAAUGUUUUAAGAAAAGUGCAGAUUUCUGUGAAAUUUACAUCGUAAUUUCAAUUCCAUUUUCCGAUAAUGUAAAUUUAUUAAUGUAUCGUUGUAUAUCGUAACUGGAACAUAUAUCGUAAAGUCAUCUAACAUAAAAUUUGGCUGUUGUUAUUGCUUUUCGAUGCUUCGGUGAAAAUCUAGGACUCGUGUUGUUGAAAAUGAACGAACCAGCGAAAAUCAGGCAGUUAGACGAAGUUGUGGUGAAUAGAAUUGCAGCUGGCGAAGUAAUACAAAGACCAGCAAACGCGUUAAAAGAAUUAAUAGAGAACAGUUUAGACGCUAAAGCAACUAAUAUACAGAUUUUGACCAAAGAAGGCGGAUUAAAAUUAUUACAGAUUCAAGAUAAUGGGACAGGCAUCAGGAAAGAGGACAUGGAUAUUGUCUGUGCAAGGUUUACUACAAGUAAAUUACAGACAUUUGAAGAUCUUCAGGCGAUAACGACGUUUGGAUUUCGUGGUGAAGCUUUAGCAAGCAUAAGUCACGUUUCACUUUUAACAAUUAUUACAAAGACUGCGAAUGAAAAGUGUGCUUAUAAAGCAUCGUAUGUCGACAGCAAAUUAAAAGGGCCACUUCAACCGUGUGCUGGAAAUCAAGGCACUACGAUAAAGAUUGAGAAUCUGUUUUAUAAUGUCGCGACCAGGAGAAAGGCUCUGUCAAGUCCUGCUGAUGAAUUGAGCAAAAUCACAGAUGUAGUUACAAAGUAUGCGGUACAUAAUCCUACUGUGGGAUUUACAUUGAAGAAGCAUGGUGAACCUACACCCCAGAUCCGUACACCACACGUUUCUACAAAAAUGAGUAACGUAAGAAUACUGUAUGGUAAUCCUGUAGCCCGUGAAUUGUUAGAAGUGGAACUUGAAGACACGAAGUACAAAUUUAAAGUGCAUGGUUUGAUAACGAACCCGAAUUACAGUAACAAGAAAUUGGUGUUUCUUUUGUUUAUCAACAACAGACUGGUAGAAUCUUCUUCGAUUCGAAAAAUGUUAGAAGAACUCUAUACAGUUUACCUUCCAAAGAAGACCUAUCCAUGGUGUUACAUAUCAUUAGAAAUUGAACCGCAGAACGUCGAUGUAAACGUCCAUCCGACGAAACACGAAGUGAAAUUUCUUCACGAGGAUUCUAUCAUCGAAAAGAUACGGCUAGCUUUGGAUGAGAAGUUAUCGAGAAACAGCGGUUCGAGAACAUUUUACGUACAAGCACAUCUACCAAAGACCGAUAUUACCAAUGAUGUUUUAAAAGAAGUUCUACCUGUAGACGAGAAAGAUAAAACUCAGAAACUUCAUCCGAAACAAAUGAUCAGAAUUAACGCGUCUGUUCAAAAGUUAGACAAAUUUAAUUUUACCGUCCAUGCGGCAGUGCAAGAUGCUAGAGACGAUGAUAAUAAACCUACAUGUAGCAAGUCAAGUAAUAUAUUACAAAAUGAAGAUAUUUUAAAAAUUGAUGAAGAGGAGAAAGAUGUGAAGGAACUAACGUUAGAGAAAUCAAAUACUCCAUGGAAUAGUAUUCUAGAUACAACUCCAGCCAAAAUUGAUUCUGCAGUUUCUAAUUUAGACAGAUCUAACGAAAAUGUCAAUAGAGAUGAGAAUGAAUUAAGCCUUUUAGAUGUUCUCGAAUUUGACGAUGAUGAUUUUGAUGAAACGAAAGAUGAGUCUAUGAAAAAAGAUUGUACCGACGUCAUCGCGGAUAAAGCGCGCCAACAGAUAUACAAACGUUUUGGGAAUACAAACUCCCAGGAACAAAACGAUCCAAAAGGAAGCAGUCCAUUUGAAGAACUUGAAAGUAGUACACCUAAUGAAGCGCAAACUUCUGUGGCUCAAACAUCUGAAGAAACUGCUAAAAGAGUUGUACCUGAAUUUAAGUCACGUUCAAUAAACAAUUUUGUAAGGGAAGUAAGAUUAACAAGUGUGUUAAAAAUGCGUAAAGAAUUGGAGGAUGAUUGUCACGAAAGUCUCAUGCACAUAUUAUCGGAAUUAACUUUCGUCGGCUGCAUAGAUCAGUCUUCCGCUUUGAUUCAAAGUGGAGUCAAUUUAUACCUUUGCAACACGACAAAAUUAAUCGAGAAACUAUUUUACCAAAUUAUGGUGUUCGAUUUUGCGAAUUAUGGAGUCAUCAAAUUCUCGGUAAAUAUAUCGAUUGACGAAGUUAUUAUCACGUUGUACGUUGCAUUUACUUUUCAGGAACCAAUUUCUUUAUACGAUUUAGCUAUGUUAGCAUUAGAUAGCGAGGAAGCUGGAUGGUCGGAGAAUUAUGGACCUAAAAAUAAAUUAGCUGAAUCUGCUAAGGACCUUCUACUGGAGAAAGCAGAUAUGUUAAAUGAGUAUUUUUCUAUCGUGUUAGAUAAAAAAGGAAAUUUAAAAUCUCUACCAGUAUUAUUAGAGAAAUAUUUUCCUAGUCAGGCUGACCUGCCCCUUUAUGUACUACGCUUAGCUACGCAAGUAGACUGGAAAUCGGAAUCUGCGUGUUUUAGAAGUAUUUGCAAAGAAACUGCAAGAUAUUAUAGCCACAUAAGUGCCAUGCACGAUACUCAUGAUUGGAAAUAUAUAACAGAACAUGUCUUGUAUACAGCGAUUAAGGAAAGCUUUUAUCCUCCGAAAAACUUUGCUCACGACUCGACAGUAUUACAAAUAGCUAGUUUACCGGAUUUGUACAAGGUAUUUGAAAGGUGCUAGACUGCUAUGAUAAAAGUUCCUUAAGCAUACUAUAUAAUAACUUUUUAUACUACUUUUUACGGAAUGUGAUACAUACAAAGUAUGGUACAAUAAAAAAAAUUAUUUGUUUAAA